CCCCCCGCCGGCCCCAUGGCGUCCUCCGCCGGCACCAACGCCGCCGCUUCCUCUGCCUCCGCCUCCGCCUCCGCCUCUGGCUCUGCCUCCCCGGCCCAGGCGCCCGCCCUCCAGCGCGGCAUCGUCAAGAUGGUUCUCUCCGGCUGCGCCAUCAUCGUCCGGGGACAGCCGCGCGGAGGGCCGCCUCCGGAGAGGCAGAUCAACCUCAGCAACAUCCGGGCCGGGAACCUUGCGCGCAGAGCUGCUGCCGGGCAACCCGAUGGCAAGGAUACGCCAGACGAGCCCUGGGGCUUCCCCGCCCGGGAGUUCCUCCGGAAGAAGCUCAUCGGGAAGGAGGUCUGCUUCACGGUCGAGUACAAGACUGCGCAAGGCCGGGAGUACGGCAUGGUCUACCUGGGCAAAGACACAACCGGGGAGAUCAUUGCAGAGUCGCUGGUGGCGGAAGGACUGGCCAGUCGCCGGGAAGGAAUCCGCGCCAACAACCCCGAACAGAGCCGUCUGGCUGAGCUGGAGGAGCAGGCCCGGACGGCCAAGAAGGGCAUGUGGAGCGAGGGGACCGGCUCCCACACCGUCCGGGACCUCAAGUACACCAUCGAGAACCCCCGACACUUUGUGGACUCCAUGCACCAGAAGCCCGUGAAUGCCAUCAUUGAACACGUCCGCGAUGGCAGUGUGGUCCGCGCCCUCCUCCUGCCCGACUACUACCUGGUCACGGUCAUGCUUUCUGGCAUCAAGUGCCCAACCUUCAAGCGAGAGGCAGACGGCACGGAGACCCCGGAGCCCUUUGCGGCCGAGGCCAAGUUCUUCACCGAGUCCCGGCUCCUGCAGAGAGACGUGCAGAUCGUCCUGGAGAGCUGCCACAACCAGAACAUCCUCGGCACCAUCCUCCACCCGAAUGGAAACAUCACAGAGCUGCUCCUGAAAGAAGGCUUUGCUCGCUGCGUUGACUGGUCCAUCGCUGUCUACACCCGAGGGGCCGAGAAGCUGCGAGCCGCAGAGAGGUUUGCCAAAGAGCGCAAGCUGAGGAUCUGGAGGGACUACGUGGCCCCGACGGCCAACCUGGACCAGAAGGACAAGCAGUUUGUGGCCAAGGUGGUGCAGGUGCUGAACGCAGACGCCAUCAUCGUGAAGCUCAACUCGGGCGACUACAAGACCGUCCACCUCUCGAGCAUCCGCCCCCCGCGGCUGGAAGGCGAAGGCACCCAGGACAAGAACCGGAAGCUGCGCCCACUCUACGACAUCCCCUACAUGUUUGAGGCCCGGGAGUUCCUCCGGAAGAAGCUGAUUGGCAAGAAGGUCAACGUCACGGUGGACUACAUCAGGCCGGCCAGCAGUGCCACGGAAACAGUGCCUGCCUUCUCUGAGCGCACCUGCGCCACGGUCACCAUCGGUGGCAUCAACAUCGCAGAGGCCCUGGUCAGCAAGGGCCUGGCCACCGUCAUCCGCUACCGCCAGGACGAUGACCAGCGCUCCUCCCACUACGACGAGCUCCUGGCCGCUGAGGCACGGGCCAUAAAGAACGGCAAAGGACUGCACAGCAAGAAGGAGGUCCCCAUCCACCGAGUGGCCGACAUCUCUGGGGACACCCAGAAGUCCAAGCAGUUCCUGCCCUUCCUGCAGCGGGCCGGGCGCUCGGAGGCGGUGGUGGAGUACGUCUUCAGCGGCUCCCGCCUCAAGCUCUACCUGCCCAAGGAGACCUGCCUCAUCACCUUCCUGCUCGCAGGCAUCGAGUGCCCCCGCGGAGCCCGGAACCUCCCCGGCCUGGUCCAGGAAGGAGAGCCCUUCAGCGAGGAGGCCACACUCUUCACCAAGGAGCUGGUGCUGCAGAGAGAGGUGGAGGUGGAGGUGGAGAGCAUGGACAAGGCGGGCAACUUCAUCGGCUGGCUCCACGUUGACGGGGCCAACCUCUCCGUGGCGCUGGUGGAGCAGGCCCUCUCCAAGGUCCACUUCACGGCCGAGCGCAGCAACUACUACAAGCCACUGGUGGCCGCCGAGGAGGCCGCCAAGCAGCGCAAGGAGAAGGUAGGCCACCAAAGGAGGGGGGGGUGGGGGGCCCACAGGACCUCUCCUUGA